ACCGACUAGAAAAAUAGUGAUCGGUGUGGAAUAUUGUUAGAGAAUAUUUCUAAAAACCAACAGGAAUAUUCAAUAUUGCAUUCUUUUUUGUGUUUAGUACUAUUGAUUUAAUUCAUCAGCAAGUAUUAUCAGUAGAAGCAUAAGUUUUCAGUUAUCAAUCAAUUCGGCUUAAAUAGUUUGUCCGGGUGAUGAGUGAAAAAUUACUCAAAGUUGGCCAGCGGAUUGAAGUUUCCGGCAAGGAUGUUCGGGGCACGAUUGCGUACAUAGGGAUGACCUCAUUUGCCGUGGGCAAAUGGAUUGGUGUCAUUCUCGACGAGCCCAAGGGGAAAAAUAAUGGAUCGAUCAAAGGACAGACAUAUUUCUCGUGCGACGAAAACUAUGGCAUGUUUGUUCGCCCAACACAGCUCGUCUUUCUGGACGACGCUGGCAAUCCGAUCGAAAGUGCCGAAAUCCAAACGCCGGAAGAAAAACCACGGUCACGGUUGAGCAGUACUAAGCGUACCUCCACUAAACCGAAUGCUGGAUCGGUUCGUUCGCUAGCAUCGAUGCCGGGAUCAACGACUUCUUUUGCAGCAAAACCAACGGCCGUACGUCGUAAGUCACCCGUCAAGCAGCCCCAAUCGAAGCGUGCCUCCAUGACCAUGACACUCUCAUCAUCCAGUUCUCGUUUGUCUCUGAAUCGCAGCAGCAGUUCGUUGGGUUCGAAAACUCAGCUGACGUCUCCCGGCAGUGAGCGACCUGCGGGAAGCUCUUCGAUACCGACACCGAUUUCAUCGAUUCCAACCAUGGUCAAAGCCGGUGAUCGUUACGAAUCUCUGCACAAAUCGCACAUCAGCCCACCGGAAUCGUUGCAGACUUCCAAGCGCGCUUCGUUUAUCGAAACCGGUUUCGUGGAAACCCUAAAACCUCAGUUCACUCCCGGACAAUCGCUGACAUCCCCGUCACCGGCCCCAUCAACCGAGGAUCGUAUUCAUUUGCUGCAGCUGCAGCAGGAGAUUGAAGACUUGAAAACGCAGAAUAAGGAUCUGGUAGAGAAACUGGAAACGCUAAAGGUGCGUCGUGCCGAAGACAAGGAACGUCUGCGGGAGUUUGAUAAGUUGAAAACACAGUACGACCAGUCGGUGGAAUUUAAGAGUAAAAUCAUGGACGCUCACUCUCUGCUGCAGCGCGAGCUUCAGCGGGCCAAACAGGAGGCUAAGGAUGCGAUCGAAGCUCGCGACUUGCAUGUGGAGGAAAUGGCUGAGCUCUCGGAAAAUGUAGAGAUGAUUACGCUGGACAAGGAGAUGGCAGAAGAGAAAGCGGACACGCUGGCCCUUGAACUGGAAACGGCUAAGGAACGGAUCGAGGAACUUACUUUGGAUUUGGAAAUUUUGAAGACGGAAAUGCAGGAGAAGCUAGGUUCUGGUGGCACCAUCGGAGAUGGCAUUGGAACGGGAGCAUCCACGUACGAAUUUAAACAGCUGGAACAACACAAUGCUAGACUUCGCGAAACGUUGGUUCGUUUGAGAGACUUAUCGGCUCACGAAAAACACGAAAUUCAGAAGCUGGAAAAAGAAUUGGAAACUAAAAAGUCUGAAGUUACCGAAUUGCAACGAACUAAGGAAAAGUUGUCCAGCAAAAUUGACGACCUGGAGGCGCAGCUGGGUGACCUCCAGGAGCAGGUAGAUGCUGCCCUUGGGGCCGAAGAAAUGGUCGAACAGCUGGCCGAAAAAAAGAUGGAACUCGAAGAUAAAGUAAAAGCUCUCGAGGAAGAGGUCGCCGAACUGGAAGCUUUGGAAGAAGUACACGAACAGCUGGUGGAAAGCAACCACGAACUGGAGAUGGACAUGCGAGAGGAACUGGAUAUGGCACACGCCGCCAAGCGGGAGGCCGUCCGCGAAAAGGAAGCUGCCCUCGAGACUAUCAUUGAUCGCGAUCAAACAAUCCUCAAAUUCCGCGAGCUGGUCCAACGGCUUAACGAUCAAUGCCAGGAGCUAAGAGAAAAACUUAGCCAGGAAUCGAGCAAGAUCGUAAAGGAUACCAUCUCCGAAACGAUUGACUUCAAGCAAAUGUUCGCUGAAUCGAAGGCAUUCACAAGGGCAAUCGAUCUGCAGCUGCGGCAGAUCGAGCUAACGCAAGCGAACGAACACGUUAAAUAUCUGACGGCAUUUAUGCCGGAGAUAUUCAUGGCUCGCGGUGGUGACCACGAUGCCAUCCUGGUGAUCCUACUCGUAUCGCGGAUCGUGUUCAAAUCGGGCAUCAUCGUUAGCCAGGCGAGGGAACGCUUCUCGGCCGUUCCGCACAUCGAUCGCAAUUCAAUCGUCAGUGGACACGAAGUGUAUCAGUUCCGAUUCCGCUCGCGGUUGCUUCAUCACGUGCACAACCUUCAGACGAUAAUGCACCAGUUCCUGUACGGACUGACGGCCUGCCAGGCGGAUACGCUGCUGAAAAUCGGUGCAUCCCUGCCCGAAAUGCAUGCCCAGGAGAAGAUGGUCGAUGAAAUUGUGGAUUUGCUGAAGGCCAACCAGUUGGACGAGAAUUCCUCCACCGACAAUUUAGAGAAAUGUGUCACAUUCUUCAAUGCAAUGUACUUAGUAUUACUUUCGGGAGAAGACUUACUCAACGAGACACAGAUUGUUCGGGAUUGUACGGCUUCCAUCUCGGCGGCAUGUGAUUCUAUUUCAACUGAUGCUGGUGUUAUGAAGACACUGAUCAAGAGUGGUGACGAAACGAGCGAUUCCGGUCUGCUGAUGCAAUACAUCACACAAAACAUCGAUUCCGUAAAACAACAGCUUAAACUAGUGAAACGUCGCUUGCCGCAGGACAUUGCCGUGACCAAGUGCAAUCUGUCGAUGAACACAUUACAGAAUCUGAAAAAGACAGCCGAAUCACUCAACAAGCUGAUGAGUGUCAUGUUCCUUAGCGCUAAGGAGGUCAUCCAUAUGGUGACAGCCGACUCGGAGACGGAAGUUUCCCUAUCUCACGAUAAGCUAUGGGACAUUAUAUCCAAUGCGUGCGAGAAGAUUUACGAACAGGACGAUCUGGGUCCGUCGCAAAACAUUCGGUCAGUUUUAAGCAAAACUAGCACGGACAUGAGUCAGCUGGCGCAAUAUCUUCUCGACCACGAGUACGAGAUUAUGUCCGGCACCAAUGCCAAACCGGAGGAAAAACCCGUGGCUCCGAUCAUCCUACGGGCGCAGGCCGUCAAGAAGCAGCUCGAAGAGACAAAGACUCUCACGGCAACGCUGGAGAAUCGCGAAGCCGAAAUCCGACAGCUCAAGCUUGCGGCUAAGCUGAAACAAAACGAACUGUCGGAAAUGCAGAUCCGUAAGGAUAUAGCCGAGAAGAAACUAUCGGUACUACAGCAGGAUCACGAGACCAACACCGUUCGACUGCAGAAGCAACUCGAUGAGGUCACUCAGCGGUUGGAAAAAAAAGAAAAAGACUUCGAAGAAACUAUGGACCACUUGCAGAACGACAUCGAUUCAUUGGAGAGUGAAAGAAUUAGUCUUCGUGAGAAACUCAAAACCUACAGCUCCAAGAAAGGCGACCUCAAAACAACAACUGCUUUGGAUAUCUCCGCAAGUUCGCCGUACAUCGCCCAGGAGCUGUCGCUGCUCAAGAAGGCCUUCAAGGACGAGCGCUCCGAACGGCUGAAGAUACAAGCGAACGAGUACCGGAAUAUCCUAAACAGCUUGGAACCGCUGCACGUGCCGCAACCGAAGGACGCACGCAUCGAAGAGCUCGAGCAGGAGGUGACCAAGGUGAAACACGAUUGGAUUAUGUCGCUGGUGCGGGGAGCCGAACUGCCGGCUACCAAGACCGCCCAUGGUAACCUUUCCAAGACCAUAGCCGAUCAUGAAAACCACCAGAAGCACAACCAGCAGCAGAUUAAGACGAAAGCCGAACGGUUGGUGUGCGAGAUUAUGAACGAAUACCUCAGCCGGAAGCCUCACCGAGCGGCACGGGGUGAUUUUGCGGCGUUUCCAUCGGUCGAACUGACGUCGGCUUUCAAGAUAAAUAUCAAAGUGUGAAUUGAUACGCCCUUAACCUUUAGCGAGGAGAGCAUGGACCACUUUGUGGGUAGCUAUGAUAUUGUUAUUCUAUGAUAAUCUGAGUUCAUGUUUAAAAGACAUUCGUUUACUGUAUUCAACGCAGGAAAAAAUGAUCGCUUUUUAUUUAUUUUUCUUUAGCGAAGCAUAAAGUUUACAAUUUAGCGGCCAGCCGCUGCAACUGCUUGGAAUAAAUUAUAUAUA